AGCAGCUUCGGCAGCUGCAGACCUGCAACCUUCAACAAGUCAACAAUCCACCAUUCGUAUGUGUAUAUAUGCGCGGAAACGCCCACUUGAGUGCAAAAUCAGAUGCACAACAUCUACUGCCACAGUUAAGAUGGAAUUUUUUGUCCAUGGUGGAGCGUGUCAUGCAUCUGUAAAUCCUAAUAUAUGAGGGGUAUUUGAGGAUUGGUGUCUAAAUCACAUCAUAGUAUAUUGCAACUAUCUUGAAAGGGUGCUACCAAAUACAUAGUUUGGCCAACAGCUUUGCUAGUCACGACACAAAUGGUCCCAUCCGAAGAAACUCAAAUUAAAUCCCCAAGGAGGGAGAAGCGUCAGACUUGAAGCUAGGAAAUGAAGCAAAAUGGAAGAAGUCCCUCCAAAGUCCGGCCUCCUCAUUUGCUCGGAGAGCUCGCUCAUUCUACUCGGAUAAUCUGAUGCCUUCAACUUCUAGACAAGACAUCCAUGGAAGGCGCCAUGGUCAACCUCCCAGGGAGGCUUGAUGAACUCCUGCGUCGUCACGGCAACAUCCUGCCCAAGGGAGCAGACCAGGAGAUACCGCUCAUCAGGCAAGAUAUUGAGGAAAUAACCUCCAUCCUCCAUGGUCACCACAGCGAUGCCACGGAACUGGAGGACUACCAUGACAUGGUGGUCAGGUGCUGGACGAAGGAGGUGCGUGAGCUGUCCUACGACAUCGAGGACUGCAUCGACCAGUACGAGGAUGCAGUCGAGCAGUACGAGCACGCUGCCACCGUCGGCCGGUAUCCAAGCGUAUCUACGAUUCGCCGCCGUAAGUUCAGCCGGCGACCUGUGGGGAGCAAGACUCCUCUGGUUCCAGAGAAGCUAAAGCAGCGCCUGUGGAUGGCAAACAAGAUCAGAGAAUUCAGCCUUCGCGUGCAGGAGGCGCUUCAACGCCACGCCAUCUUGUACAGCAGCGACCUCGGUGGCAUAGCCAAUACUAGUGCUGGGCAUCCCACGCUUUGCAGAAAGCGUGCCGAUGGCGUCCGGCAUGUCGGUCUCGAUGCCGCCAUUAACAAGGUCCAGGAGUGGCUGGCUGAUGGAGAGAAGAAGCUAAAGGUGGUAUCCAUCGUGGGAGUUGGAGGAGUUGGCAAGACCACGCUUGCCAACGAGCUGUACCGCAAACUUGGACGGCAGUUCGAGUGCCAGGCAUUUGUGCGUUCUUCUCAGAAGGUUGAUAUGAGGAGGCUUCUCAUCAGCAUGCUCUCACAGGUUCGCCUGCAGCAGCCACCUGACAAUUGGAAGUUGCAUAGCCUGAUUUCCAGUAUAAGGACACAUCUGCAAGAUAAGAGGUACUUGAUCAUAAUUGAUGAUUUAUGGGAUAUAUGCACAUGGGAUAUUAUUAAGUGCACACUACCAGAUGGUAAUAGUUGCAGCAGAAUACUGAUCACGACAGAAAUUGAAGAUCUAGCUCUGCAAUCUUGUGGUUAUGAGUCGAACUAUAUUUUCAAGAUGAAACCACUUAGUGAGGAUGACUCAAGAAAUUUAUUUUUCAGUACAGUUUUUGGUUCUCAUUCUAAUUGUCCUCCAGAACUCUGUGAAGUUUCGUAUGAUAUUGUAAGGAAAUGUGGUGGUUUGCCGCUAGCCGUUGUCACUAUUGCAAGCCUCUUAGCAACUCAGCUUGAGAAACAUGAGCAAUGGGAUUAUAUAAACGAGACCUUAGGUUACAGUUUGAUGGCAAAUCCUAAUUUGGAAGGGAUGAAACAACUAUUGAACCUUUGUUACAACAGUCUUCCUCAGCAUUUGAAGGCAUGCAUGUUAUAUCUCAGAAUGUACCAAGAGAAUAGCAUAAUUUGGAAGGAUGAUUUGGUGAAUCAAUGGAUAGCUGAAGGUUUCAUCUGUCCUAGUGAAGGGCAUGAAAAGGAAGAAAUUUCAAGAGCCUAUUUCAGUGAGCUUGUUGAUAGAAAAUUUAUCCAGCCUGUACAUAUCAAUGACAAUGGUGAGGUUUUGUCUUGUGUGGUUCACCAUAUGGUACUCAAUCUUAUUACAUACAUGUCAACAGAAGAAAAUUUUGCUAUUGCAAUAGACCACACACAAGCGACUACAAGGCUCGCUGACAAGGUUCGACGAUUAUCUAUUCACUUCGGUAAUGUAGAGGAUGCAACUCCACCAACUAAUAUGAGACUGUCUCAAGUUCGGACACUUGCCUUUUGCGGGGUCUUGAAUUGUAUGCCUUCUAUUACGGGGUUUCAACUUCUUAAAGUUCUAAUUCUACAUUUCUGCGGUGAUGAGGACAGCAUCAGUUUUGAUCUCACUGAAAUUUCGGAACUUGUCCGACUGAGAUAUUUGAAGGUCACCUCCAAUAUCACCUUAAAAAUGCCAACCCAUAUGCAAGGUCUACAAUAUUUGGAGGCACUGAAAAUAGAUGGAAAAAUAGAUGCAGUUCCAUCAGACAUCGUUCAUCUCCCAGGCUUGCUGCAUCUUAGUCUACCUGCUAGGACAAACCCGCCCAAUGGAAUUGCUCACAUGUCAUCGCUUCGAACACUUGGAUAUAUUGAUCUCAGCUGUAACACAUCAGAGAAUCUAUGGAGCCUUGGUGAGCUGACCAAUCUCCAGGAUCUUCAGCUCACCUAUUCUGCCAUACAUUCUGACAAUCUGAAGAAUAAUAUGCAAUACCUUGGAUCCAUUCUGGGGAAACUCCCUAAUCUCAAAUCUAUAACUCUAUCACCUGUAGGCUCUUCUUAUGCAAAUACUCUGCAUAUUCACAGUGCUACAAGCACGAGUGUAUCUGUUUAUGGCUGGAGCAGUGUGUCCUCCCCACCAGCUCUUCUUCAGAGGCUUGAGUUGUUACCAUGUGUUUGCAUCUUUUCUAGCCUUCCGAAUUGGAUUGGGCAGCUUGGAAAUCUCUGUAUUUUAAUGAUUGGGAUUAGGGAAGUAACAAGCUAUGAUGUUGAUGUUCUUGGAGGAUUACCUGCUCUCACUGUUUUGUCACUUUAUGUCCACACAAAGCCUGCAGAAAGUAUUGUCUUUGAUAAUGCAAGGUUCUCAGUCCUCAAAUACUUAAAGUUCAGAUGCAGCUUAGCGUGGAUGAAAUUUGAGGCAGGUGCAAUGCCUAAUCUCCGGAAGCUCAAGCUAGGUUUUGAUGUCCACAGAGCAGAUCAGCAUGAUGCUAUACCCGUUGGAAUCGAAAAUUUGUCAGGACUUGAAGAGAUCACUGCAAAAAUUAAGGUCGAUUUUACUGCUGGUGAUCUUUGUAGAAGAUUUGCAGAGUCAGCUUUGACUGAUGCCAUUAGGAUGCAUCCGGGACGUCCAAUUGUCAACAUACGGUGUGUAGAUUGGACCUUUGAUGAUAAAGAUAAUAACAAUGUCAGGACACGAGAUGAAGAACAUAGGACUACUGAAAAACAACACCUUAUUGUGAAAGAAGGCUUGAAUGAGAAAUCUGUGGUUCUACAAAAGGACCACGGGGAAGGAGCAUGUAAAUCUGUCGAAGGAGAAAGGCGCGGAGUCUUAACGGCAGGAUCAUGGUGGCGUAGGCAGCCCCAGUUCGAGCGUUUUUAUAAAUCUGCCGAAAGCAGAGCUGACGACGGCGGCGGCGGCGGCAGCAUCAUAUCUGGAGCCCAAACUGUUCCCAUCAAGAACUUCACCGGCGGCUGGCCGGCUCCGCCGUGGGAGGAGGGCUCCGGGACGACGAUGCCGCCGGUGUACAUCAAUGAAGGCGAGUACAUCAAUGUCAUCUACUACUCGCCCCCACGUUCGUCUACGACGACGUCGUCGCAGGACGAAAGUACUGAAGCCAGCGAGAGGGAGAGAUCCGGAUCAGGAACAGGAAGCAGCGAAGGCGGGUUUUACGGCCCGACGUUCCAGGCCGUCGGCCGCUACCUCGACCGCAAGUUCGGGCUAGACAGAGAAGACUGAUGCCGGCCGCCGGCCGGCCACGCCAUUGAUGUGAUGGUAUACCUUGCAUGCAUGCGUGCAUGUGUCCUACGGAUACACAUAUCUACACGCGCGCUUUCGUCCAUGAGAGCAUGUACAAUAGCAUACUAUAAGUCAGUUAUAAACACAUUUCAAGAAGAUAAAAUAUGAGAGAGAAAAGUAGUGGACUAUAGAUUUGUAGCCAGCUGCAGCACGAAGAUGUAUGUGUGUAUGACAUAUGUGACAAGAUAUUAGUGUAGUAUAUAUUUAUAGGUAACUAACUAACUAUUGUAUGCUUUGUAUAGUGUUGAUGUGUAACGUCCUCGUCCUGUAUUUUA